GGUCCAUCGCCUUCCUCCUACACGGCCUCGCUCGAUCUUACUUGCUUUUCCAGCUCGAUCACAGUAACCAACGACGCAAUGCGAGGCCCCAACACCAAGGCCUUCCAGCAAGGCUUCGUCCUCAAGAACAUGAUCUCGAGUCUCCAAGCCUGCUGCAAUAUCUCAUCCUCUGGCUCCGCGGGCGGCGCCACCGCCACGAUGAGUCUCCAGCAGAGGAAGCGCGCCAUCAAGGCGUCGGUCGACAUCGCCAUGGCGGCUUCUGCCCGCGGCGGUGGGGCGCGGUGGCCACAGGCCGUCUUGGCUCCAAGUUCGUCGUCGUCGUCGUCGCCGUCUGCUAGAACGCCGUCGCCGUCGUCGCCGGGGAAGAAGAAGAAGAACACGCGCGGCGUGUGCAAGAAGAAGGUCGUGAGGCGGUCGUGUCUCCACCACACGAGGACGCGGAGACGGAGGGAUGGCAGCAUUGCUGGUACCACGUCCUCGUCGCUUGCAAGGACGACGGCAGCGGCGGGAACGACGCUCGGUAGCUGCAGGGAGAUCGCGCGGAGGCUGGUGAGGAAGAGGACCAUGGUGCUCAGGAAGAUGAUUCCCGGAGGCGAGCUGCUCCAUGAUGAGAUCUCGCUGCUUCAUGAGGCUGUGGACUACGUUACUCACCUACACGCGCAAGUUGACGCUCUCAGGCGCAUCUCGAACGCGGUGCAACGAGCGAGGUUGAGCUAGAUCUUGUGUUACCAGCAUGCAGAUGUUAGUACGUGCCCGGAUAGAGGAAUUGGAAGGGCAGUUCAAUUUGCAGGAAAAGAACAAUGGCUGAUAUAUAGAUUGUACUCGCUAGCAGUUUUCCCUCGGCAUAUGAUGGAAGCUGAUGCAACUCAUGUGACCAGACCAGCAUGUGGAAAUGAUGAAGAGUAGACAAAAUAUGUUGUAGUCUGCAGAUAGGGUUAGAGGAUUGUGAUUGUGAUUGUAACUUGUAAUAAGGCAGAAACCAAAGAGACAUACGCAUAUUCUUGUGUAUGCUGAUGGACAGGUAAAGCUUUUGCUGCAGUAUUUCUCUAGAUAUUGCUAGCAUUUAACUUGUUGUCAACUCAGGCAGAGGAGAUACAUAUGCAUAUACUGCAUAGGGGGUUCUAGCUAGUCUUGAAUCAUUGCAAGAAUACAUGUCUAAAUGGAUGGGCUGUGCUAGACCAGACAUGGCUAGGCCCUACAAG